AUGCUCGCACCGACACUCGCACUCGUCGCGCUCAGCGCCAGCACCCUCGCCUCGCCCCUCCAGCUCCCCUUCCUCUCGCCCUCCUCGUCCCCCACCUCGGCCCUCGUCAACUCGACCUCGAAGCCGGUCCACGUCGCGCUCGGCGUCAUGUCGCGCUGCCCGGACGCUUCGCUGUGUGAGACGGUGUGGGACCGCGUCCUCGAGGAGCGCCUGCCGACCAAGUUUGGCUCGGGCGUCGUCGCCGACCUCGUCGACAUGGAGCUCGUCUUCAUCGCGCACGAGGACUCGUCGGCCCCGUACGGCGCGACGUGCAUGCACGGCGAGCUCGAGUGCAAGGGCAACGUGCAGCAGCUGUGCGCGGCGCGACACUGGCGCGCCGGCUCAGAAGGGCGCAAGAAGAAGGGCGUCGACGGCGAGGCCGAGGCGACGCUGGCGAGGGAGAAGAGGGCAUGGGAGGACUCGUGGAACUUUGUCCAAUGCAUGAACUAUGGCGAGACGUCCCGGAUCGGCAGCGAUGCGGCGGCCAAGCGGUGCGCGUCGGUCGUCGGGCGAGAGUGGACCGACACGCUCGCGUCGUGCGUCGAAGGCAAGGAGGGCCGACGCCUGCUCGUCGACAGCCUGGAGCGGGCCGAGCGCCUCGCCGUCAAGAGCAGCUGCACCAUCCUGAUCGAGGACAAGCCGAUCUGCAUUCACGACGGGUCGUGGAAGCAGUGCCCGGGCGGCCACGACGUGCGCGACUUUGCGCGCGAGGUGCGCGACACGUUCGAGCGGCUCAACUCGGAGCGCGGCGUCGGUGCGGACGACGAGUAGAGGUUGGGGGGCGCGAGGGUUUUGAGUACAUGAGGCUGCAGUGCAACUCUGUCGCUC